AUGGAAAAGCGAGUUGAUGAACUAAUAGAAACAUUUCGUACACCGUUCUGGCUCGAUGAACAUCAAUGGUUUGUUCGAUGUCAUUGGGAAUCACAAGAACCACGACAAAACACUCAUCUUUACACGUUACCAUAUUGUCACGACACAUUGUCAAAUUGGACAUCAAAUCUAUAUUGCAAAUCGAACUGUCCAAGCGAUCAAGAUUUUUUUUCUUACAAUAAUGUGCGAGUCAUAGAGUAUUUAUAUGGAACCGAUAUAUGGUUAUCUUCUAUUCGUUUUCCUAACAUUCGUGAUAUGAGCAUAGGUUUUCCUACUCAUGAGACGAUUUGGUCUUCUAUUCCUACAUUGGAUAAUUUGAUCUCGUUGACUAUCUGGUUGAAUCAAGACGCUUGUAUAUCUGAUGUACAAGCCUUGAUCAAUCGGACACAUCGACUCUAUUCAUUGACACUUCGAGGGAAUGUAGGUUUUCAAUUAUGGAAAAUCAAAAGUAUAUCGAUUCGUCGACUUGAUCUUACACGUAUUGGAUAUUUCACAGUAGCCCAAUGUUCAGCAUUAAUCAAUUCGCUAUUGGGUCGUCAAUGUCAAGUUCUUUUGAUUCACGUAAUGAAUCGCUCACAAAUACUCAAUAUUGUUAACACAAUACCCAAUCUUCGAGCAUUGCAUUGUCGAUGUGGAGACAAUCUGAAGAUUCGUGAUCGAUCAUCGUCGGCAAAGAAUGAACUUCUUGUCUGGCUCCGAAAUCGUAAGCCAUCGAACUUCUCUAUUGGGAGAGAAGUAAGUUAG